UGGGGAAUUCCCCUCUUUAGAUGGACUGCACUGCUGAAUCAUAACUGAUCAGCACAAUAAUUAUAAUUAUGGCAUCUUUGAUGGCCUGUAUAGAGGAGAACGGUCCUCACCUCUACUCGUUUGAGUGUCACAGCUCUCUAUUACCCAAGAGUGGGAAGGUCUCAGCCAGCUACACCAUCCAUGACAACCACCUUCAAUACUCGAGUGCCAAAAAGGAGUUUACCGAGGCUGACAGUGAGAGACUGUUCCAGUACAUUGCUGACCUCGACUACAAGGAGGGGGGCGUAGCACCUGUCAGAAAAGAGGGCGUGACAGACGACUCCGAGGAGGAGGAGAGUGAUGUAGAGGAUGAACGAGAGUCCUCAGAACCUUUUGCCUUCAAGAUACACUAUACUGACAGUACAUCCCCUGCCGUAUGGAGUCACCAUGCUAGUGCGUGUAGCGGUGUGGUGGAGAGACUAGUAUGCCUACAACAGUUGACGGAGCUCCACCUCUCAGAAUGUCCUCUCACCAACGACUCAGUCUACCGGAUACAGUUUGGACCAGCGUACAAUCUCAAGGUGCUGAGACUGGAGAGGUUGUGUCUACGUCGACUCCACCCUUCCAUUGGCCGUCUACGCAGUCUACAAGAGCUCUCUCUCUCUUACAACCGACUCACUGACCUUCCCCUCACCAUUAGACUGCUAAGGAACCUACGACGAUUAGACAUCACUGGCAACCCAUUCUCUCGACUACCAGGAGCAGUCUACCACUUAAAACUGGAGUCUAUUAUCGGCCUUAACGAGUGUCCGCUUAAGAAAGAUCGACCCUCAGGUUGGUGCUCGAGUAUGAACUUGGAGAUCUCGUGGAGGAAGCCGCUGAGUAUUCGUACUCCUCCCAGAGAGGAGGUAGCCAGUCUGCAAGAGUGUUGUGUUCAAAUGGCUGUAGGUAUGGAUUGCUGGCAGCUGGAACUGCAGGAGAGGUACACACAGAGGUUGACUGACAUGGCUGAGACGCAGGGUCUCUGUCAGAACUGCCUCAAAUCAGUCAGGAAACUUACCAUUCAACACGAAUCAUUAGGCUACACAAUUUAUGCACAGGUGGCUCUGUUCUGCAAUAUCCGUGAUGUUCCCUUCAGCUUUAUGGCUUGCUCCUCUGACUGCCUGUGGGCUACUGUGUCCACUCUAGAGAGACUAAACGAGUCCCAGAAAGCUGCUAAGAACUUCUCCAAGCUCCCAAAUUGCCACUACAAGCUCAAGUUUGUGCAGGACCUGGAAGAGUUCAGGAAAUUGCGAGCUCAGAACGUAUUGCCCAACACGUUUAAGAAGGCACAAGGCAAUCGGCCAGCCUCCCAACUACCAGCUGAACGGUCAAAGUGCACACUUUCGUGAUAUUUUAUUUGUAUGACAUUCUAUGCGUGUGUACGUGUGUGUGUAGUGUUUGUGUUUUUUAUCUCAAUCAUAACUAAUUUCAAUUCUUUUGAA